GAAUUUGGCUGUACCACGGGACAUCUUACAAUGUCGGAGAGUAUCAAAGUCAUUUGCCGUGUUCGACCACUUAACGAUGCUGAAAUUGCGAGUGAUAGCAGAUUUGUGGUGUCUUUUCCUGGUGAUGGUAAAUCCAGCAUCUCUUUAGGAGGGAAAACAUUCGCCUUUGACCAUGUCUUUCAACCGAAAGCUACCCAAUUAGAAGUGUAUGAUAUCGUCGCCAAACCUAUUGUGGCGGACGUUUUAAAUGGGUAUAACGGUACUAUUUUCGCCUAUGGACAAACCUCCAGCGGUAAAACGUUCACAAUGGAGGGCAUUUUGGGGGAUACCGUCUUUCAAGGUGUCAUACCUAGGAUCAUUCAUGAUAUCUUUAACCACAUUUAUCAGAUGGACGAAAAUCUUGAGUUCCACAUCAAGGUUUCUUACUUCGAGAUUUAUAUGGACAAGAUCCGAGAUCUACUUGACGUGUCGAAAACGAAUCUUUCGGUUCACGAGGACAAAGACCGAGUUCCCUACGUCAAAGGUGCAACCGAACGCUUUGUUUCAAGUCCGGAAGAAGUUUUUGAUGUCAUUGAUGAGGGGAAAGUUAAUCGUCAUGUCGCGGUCACAAACAUGAAUGAACACAGUUCACGAAGCCAUUCCGUCUUCAUGAUCACCGUUCGACAAGAAAAUUUAGAAACACAAAAGAAGCUGCACGGAAAGCUGUAUCUGGUUGACUUGGCGGGCAGCGAAAAAGUGGCAAAGACCGGUGCUGAGGGGAUGGUUUUGGACGAAGCGAAAAAUAUCAACAGAUCCCUUUCGGCCCUUGGAAAUGUGAUUAACGCACUAGUCGAAGGCAGUUCGCAUGUGCCAUAUCGUGACUCCAAAUUAACUCGGAUCCUUCAAGAGUCGCUCGGCGGAAACGCACGUACAACGAUGGUGAUCUGCUGCUCCCCGGCAGCUUACAAUGAUUCCGAGACUAAGUCAACUUUGCUUUUCGGUAUGCGAGCGAAAACCAUCAAGAAUCUGGUCACAGUAAACGAGGAAUUAACGGCUGAUGAGUGGCGCCGUCGGUAUGAACGGGAAAAGGAACGCGUGCGCAAGCUACGCACGGUUAUCGCACGACUUGAAGCGGAGAUGAAACGUUGGCGAGCAGGGGAAUCUGUCUCGCAGUCAGAGUGGUUCACAGAGAAUCAGUACUUAUCUGUUUUGGACGAUACCAAGGAUGCUCCAGCAGCCACGACAAUGCCGUUACCGGGAACGGUGGGCGUUGCUCCUUCUGGCCCCGGCGCGCCUCCCACAACCAUUGGAGCACCAUCUCUAAUCCCUCCUUCGGGUCGCCCAGGAGCACCUGCUUUAUCUCUACUGGAACCAGCUCGUGCCGCGGCGCCGGCUGCUUGCGUCACAGAGGAGCAACUCCAAAUGUUAUAUAACCAGAUGGAUGAUAAAGACGAUGAAAUUAACAAAUUGGCUCAGACGAUCGAUCGACUCCGUCAUCAGGUGGAAGAACAAGAUGAAAUCAUACGGUCCAUGAGGAAUGACAGAGACGCACAACUGGCCGAAAUCACUUCCAUUCAGGCUGAGUACCAAUCAAGCAAAGAUGAAGUCAAAGAAGUAUUGCAGGCAUUGGAAGAGUUGGCGAUGAAUUACGAUCAAAAGGCGCAAGAAAUCGAUGCGAAAACCAAAGAAUUGGAAGAGGCUCAGGAGGCUUUGUCCCGACAAACACGCGCGAUACACAGCAAAGAUGGCGAAUUGUCACAACUGAAGGAUAAUUUCACAACUCAGAAGAAAAAGUACUCCGAAAUGAUGAAUCAUCUACUAAAGGAUCUCGUCGAAGUUGGAGAAUGUAUGAGUGACCAAUUGACGAAGCCAACUUUCGGUGGAGCGGAACGACUAGACGAAGAGUUCACCGUGAUGCGUUUAUACCUCAGUAAAAUGCGCACAGAGGCCAAGUCACUGCAGUCUCGUGUUCGUCAGUUGGAGGAGGAACGGGUGCAGCAUGUGCAGCUGAUGCGCAGAAGUGAUGACGAGUCCAAGGAGCUGCGCACUCGGGUCCACGGGUUGGAAGUCAAAGUGGGCACUCUGACUGAUAAAGUUGAUGAAACUGAAUCUCGAAAGCGUCAACUGCAGGAGACUGUGGACAACCUCAAUGCUGAAGUUGCCAAACUACGAGCUAACGAACAACUCCUCUCUGGUACGGAUGUACAAAGCCAACAGAUCCUUGCUGGUCAGUCGUCUAUCCGUGCCAAACUCGAUGAAGAGUUUAAGCGUCAAUCGGAACAAUACGCAGUUCAAGUUAAACAACUUCGAGACGAGCUGGAUGAGAAACAGAAAAAGCUGGAAGAGAUGAAGGACGAGGUGCACAAUCUGAGAUUCCGGGGUGACAAAUCAGAUGAGGAAUUGGUUCGCCUUCGAAAGGAGUACGAGGAGAAGUCAGCUAAGCUGGACUUGAUGGAAAAGGCUGCGGAAAAGCGGGAACAGGCUAAGCAAGACUUACGUGGACUCGAAGAGACUGUCAUCAAGGAACUGCAAACUUUACACAACUUACGCCGCCUGUUUGUUCAGGAUCUCAACAACAGAAUCAAAAAAUCCGCCGGCCGCAUGAACGCUGCAGCCGGUAAUCAACAAGCCACAGUCAACUCUGGUUCCCCUGCUCAGCAACAAACCCCCACCGCCAACGAUGCGUCACUGAACGUCGAUCUGGAAGACGAUGAUGCUACUCACUGUGGCUCAUUGGCACAACGUGAGAAGAUUGUGUUUCUCGAAUACAAUUUGGAUAAGCUAACUAAGGUUCACAAGCAAUUGGUGCAUGAUAACGCGGAGUUACAGUGCGAAUUACCCAAGUUGGAAAAACGUCUCAAGGUGGGUCACUGUCUUUUUCUCCCUCCAACCCUGACCUUCCACAUGGCGUUUGUGUUCAGUCCGCUCACCUAAUUCUUCGCCGCUUUUGUUUUCCUGUUCACGUCCGGGUUCCCUCGAGAAAUACCACUUGAACUCUGCAAAUUCGUUGCAAAUGUUUCGUCACAACGCGACUUGACAUCAUCGACUUACUUCGGCUGUGUCACGUCGGUUGCAGCCAAGUUGUUAUACUUGGUGAGCAGCUAAAACCUGUGCAGCUUGUUCGACUUUGUUUGUAGUCAAACUGCUACCCGUGUGGUUUAGAUGUAAAAUCGCCUAUCUGGCUGUAGUAACUGUCCCUCCGGAUUGGGUUUUGCUUUUUCUCUUCGCUCUUUAAUCCCAAUCAUUAAUAACUCGCUGCUAUUUUCUUUUUGAUUUGGUAUUCUGGCCAUAGCUCAUCAACACUUGAUGUGCUAUCGUUCUGAACCCAUUUUGGAUAAUACGCCACAAUCGUGUCUAUUUUUGGUCCCCUUUGGCGCUGUAAUCCAAUUUGUACUCCUUCGUAUAGUGGUGGCAUGGCCAACUAAUUUGGUCCCAUUAAUCUUGCUCCUCAGAUGGCAUUAAGCAGCAAGGUUGCCUCCUAAUAAUUAUCGUUCCCAUUCUUGUUUGCACCUUAGGAUCAACUACCAUGCACAUAAGUCGCUGGAACGGCCUGCUCGAUCUGUUUUCUUACAUCUGAACCGUGUCUACCAACGUCGACUGUAUCAAUUUCCAUCUGCAUCAGUGUGAUCGCUUCUCAUUGACUCACUUCCCCUCGGAUUUCGUCUAGCUCCCUUCAGAAAAUUUCGCUAGUAGACAUUGUGUUUUACAAAACAUUGUCUUCUACCGCCUUAACCUUACUUUUCAUGUGAUAGCAGAGGCUACUGAGCCUCUUUGUGUGUCCGCGUCUGUUAUGAUUCCAGGUCUUUUGUGCCAGCCCUUCGAGUCCAGUGCCCACUGCGCUUCAGGAUCAUAACAUUCUCUUUUUCAGGUCCCAAUAAGAGGGACAUCAUCCGCACUCCAUUGCACGCUCUUCCCUUCACGGUGGCAAACUUACUGACCUUAAUUAUGCAGUCAGUUACAUCAUUAUAUUUACAGGUGUGCCGGAGACCUUUUCAUUUGUGGAGUGGUUAGUUUUGCGUGGAAGUGGUGUCAGGGCUUUUGCAUGAUCGCGUUCAUCACAAUAAUAAUUUGGCUCAUGAUGGAUUCAAAUGAAUGAGCAGUUAUUGCGGCUUGUGCACCUCAACUGUGGAUCUGGUUUACUCAUUCAGCUAAGAGAUAUUAGGGGCAUGUGUUUCCCUGAAAUGUUAUUGUCAUUGAACAUCGAGCCGAAUAUGCAAACUACAAGAACAUGUAAUUCAAUGGUUUCGUCAAGUUAAAUGCACCAUGGGUCCCAAGUGUCAGUUUCAUUCCAACUUAUUUUGGUAAUCCAUGCUGAUACUAACCACCCGGAACAAGCUUGUUUGCUUAGCUGACUGUUGUUUUGUUUGUACUCUCCGUGCUUAUUUUCACAGUCAUCUCUGAGCGAAAUCUCCGACUUGAUCUCAUAUCUUGGCAUGUGCUUCAAAUUGUGAAAUUCCGUUAUGAAAGCACCGACCGCUCGUUAACCAUUUUCGAUUUCGACACUGUAUAGUUGCGUACAGUUACUCAGUUUGUCUUUGUUGGUAGCUGCGUCACCAAGUGUGUGUUAACUCGGAAACUAACCCGUAUUUUUGAAGGUUAGAACUUAGUGCAUUUUCAGUGUAUUUUUCUCAGUAAGUGGAUUACCCUUGGUAUUAAUAGCAACACAUAUGGGACAAAUGUGAUAGCCUUCUUCCUCUUUGAGGAUGAAAACUGUGUCCUCGAUCCGAAGUUUUCAAGUGUCUUAGUCCUUCGGCUAUCGUUGCUCACAACUGGCACCAGCGUGUUCGCAACCCUGACGUCCACUAGUGAUGAUGACCAGGUUAACUUUUCCACUUAGGCCAGAGUUGCAUAAAAAAAUAUUAGGAGCAGUAAACAUCAUGUAAAUGCACUUCAGAAUGUCACUGCAGUUACGGGUGAUUCUUCGUCAGUUCCAAAGCAACUGGAACUUUCGGAAUAGACCGAGGGUUAAUUCCAGAUAAUCGACCACAAAGAAAAGGAUCCAUCAUGGUUCACUCAUCUUAGAGACUUGUCAUUGCUUCCCCCCCCCCCCCCCCCCCGCGAAGAUAUGAAAGAGAGCGGCCUAAUGACACAAGCUGCUGUCUCAUGUAGCUAGUUGUCGUGGAUUCGGGUCCUGACGGAGCCAAAGGAUGCUCACUACUGACGAUUCCCGACAGGACGAAAUGAUUGUCUAAUGCUUUUUCGGAAUUUGAAGCUACUGCCAACACCCCACAAUCGAAUGUAGCCGAAUAACUUGUGCUUGGCACGUGACACGUGUUCCCUAACAUCGCUUAACGAGGAGAGCUUUGCUUUGUCCAUUCUUUGUUGAUUAAUGCCUGGCUCGAGCCAGCAGCCUAUACACCUAGCAGUGGUAUUCAGGUUGGUGUACAACUGUUUACCUCUGCCAUUGGUGCCACUAUCAAUAACAGAGCGGUUUUCAGAUGUUUGCUCCAUGGCUAAGCUUGUAUGACCUUUGUCUGAUUUGCCCAUUCGCUGCUACGAAGCUCACAUAUUGCUAAUUAACUCCACUAUAUGGUAAAAUCGUCCCCCAAUCCUACUCACCAGAUCACUGUGGAACGCGUGCGUAGCUUAGAGGCCUCACUGAAAGAAGCCAAGGAGGGUGCUAUGCGGGAUCGAAAGAGAUACCAAGCCGAAAUGGACCGAAUCAAAGAAGUGGUGCUCCAACGAAACGUACUCGCCCGCCGAGGUCAACCACACAUCGCCAAACCCAUUCGUGCAGGCCAUGCCCCAUGCAGUCCGCAUACGCAAUCUAACUUUGGUCCAUCCGCUGGGAGCGCACGCUUGGGGACCAUGGGAGCGCCUUGAACCUCAUAUCAUCUACCUCCGCUUGACGGUCGCAUUACCAAUGACUCACCAUAUCACUCUGAUUGAAGAGCACGAUGCCGGUCGUCACGUUUGAUGCAAGCGUCAACUUGAAGAGGACCGUUGGCACAACCACCUACUCUUUUGUUUGUUCAUUUUGCCGAAACCGUGCUCGUCGAUUCCUUAUCUCUCCCUGUGUCUGACUUCUCUUUUCGCACCUCAUCUUUCUUCCACAUAUAUUCUAUUUGUG